UAACAGUGUUAAGAAAUAGUUAAACGUAAUCAAACAUUAUUUUGAAUACAUAGAAUAGUUUUUAAACAGUUUAAAUAGCGUGAAACGUGAAUGGACAAUUCGUGUUUGCGGUCUACGUGUUUAGCACACGUGACACGUGACUAAAAAUGGUUGAAACAGAAUUAGGACCUAUUGAUUUAUAGUCUGCGCCCGUCGAAGACAUCGGAAAGGGAUAAAGGAGCAAAACAAGGUUAUUUUGCACUUAUUUUGAUGAAAAGAUGUAAAAGACUUUUGCUGAGAACAAAGGAUUCUGAUAUAUACAAAUCAAUAUACAAGACUUAGACUGCCAUCAUGGAGUGGCACAUAAUGAAUGCUGGGGGUGUAACCAGUCUGGGGAGUAACCUAGGGUGUGUGGAGGAUUCCCAGUACAUACCUUCUGAGGAGUGUAAAGACGUUUUAGUUGAAAUCUUGAUCCAGCUGAAAGAUGAAGAUCCUCAACAUCGAACGACCCGCCGUCAGAUCUUCUACAGUCAUCUUGUGGAAAAGGAUCUCUGUCAAAUGAUUAAGUUCCUGAGAGAUGAACCAGAAAUUUUUGGCUUGGUUGUAAGGAUUCUGGCUAAUCUGACACAGCCAGUAGAGAGCCUGAUACAUUCUACAGGGUACACCAUGACAGAGGCAACUCAGGCUGGGAUGUCAUGGCAACAGGGAGUGGAGAGUUCCCUACAUCACUACAGAUCUUUGUUUGCAGAUAAAUGUGUCAUGUCAAGCAUCUUUGAGGAAGUUAACACUCUUAUAGCAGAGUCUGAGGGAUACCCCCUAUCAGAGGAGAGUUGUGAUACCAUUAAUCAAUGCCUCCUUUUGUUGAGGAAUCUCCUUCACUUCCCAAGCAGCUUGGAUGACAACAGCAGCAAAGAACAUGAAGUUCUCCUCAAAAUCCUGUUUGAGUGUGACUUUACCGAGAGAUUAAUCGGCAUCCUACAGCUCUCCCAAAGGGAAUACUGGACGGUGACUGCAGUACAACUGGUUACUCUCAUAUUUAAAGGACAUAUAGGAGAGAUGUUCCUACAGAACGUAACGGACAGUAACACAGUGACGUUUCAGUUAGAGCCACCCAUGGAGGAAUCCAUAGAUUCCCAGGAAUGUCUGAUGUGCGGCUAUCAACACAAUGACAAAGACUUUCAGUGUAUUAAUUAUCUUGAGGAAAACAUCUCCAAAAAUCUCCGUCUCCGAUCAAGCAAGAGUUCCUCUCUCAGUGGGUCGAGUUCCGAUCUCACAGAGCAGGAGGAUGACAGCUUACUGAAGUAUUUGAAAGAAUUUGCUCUCCAGUUUCUCACAAAGGCAUUUUGUAACAUGGUUCAUGAUCUCAGGCAUAUACUCACCUCCCCAUACAAUGCACUGAUAGAUGAAAUCUACCUAUUAUGGCUUCUGGCAUUUUUCCUCAAGUACGCCAGACAUCAACAUGUGGAAUUUCAUUACAUCAGGGGCACUUUCUCAACAGACAUGUACGGUUUCCUGGUUUAUGAAGGGGUAGUGAACUCAGAGGAGCUAGUGAUUGCCCAGAGGAACAAACAGGACACCACCAAAUACCUAAGGAGAUUACAUUUGACUUUAGGUGCUGUGAGGGAAAUGUUGCAGGGUCUUAAAUUACACUGUGAGAGUACUAGUCUUAACGAAGCUGAUAUUACAUAUCUGGAGAAUUUACAAAAGGAUUUGGCCGGUACAGAAGACCUACCUCAGGUGUUCCUCCUUCUGAUCAGAAACUUCCAGAUGCACACUCACAAUCUGAAGUUCUUACAAGACGUAAUCGUCACCAAUCAUCUGCUGCUUCUACUAAUGGACGUCUGGAGAAAUAAAGGCUUCGGCAAAAAGGGAUUCCACAUGCUGGACCAUGUCAAACAAUUUGCCACAACAGAAGUUAUGCAGAAAUAUGGUCGCUUACUUGAGAAUUUUGAGUAUAACAACGCCGUAGUAAAUAACUGUAUAUUUACAAUGAUGCACCACAUUGCUGGUGAUUGUGAGAAACCCACAGCCCUGUUACAGGUUCAGAUUCUCCGAACUUUUUUAGAAAUUCUGGACAGUAACACACCUCUGUCUCAGGAGAAGACAGACUUGAUAGAGUUCAUUCUUCAGAAAUUCAUGGUUGAAGCGGAACAUAAUCCAUUUUCUUGUGCUCUACAACUCUUCGGAGAAAUGCCAGUCAAAGGGGAGAACAGGAAUUCUGAGGAAGUUGGAGGAGAAGAAGAAGAUUUUGAUGAAGAUGAAGAGGAGGAUGCUGAGGAGACAAAGAAAGAGAAGGACAUCCUCCUGAUGUUGUACACAGAGCUGAUGGGACAGCCAGGCGCUCUAGGGACCAUUUCCUGUAAACUCCAGGAAUUCGGCAUCAAGAAAACGGAGAAACAGAUUUCAGAAGAUCUUAAGGAAUUUGAUUGGUUGACAGAUGAAAGGAAUACAGAAGAGUUGGAGGAUGAAGAGAAAUCAUCAUCAGAGAGUGAUAUGGACCAGGAGUCAUCUCCCCUGAAUAUCUCCAGUCUGAGCGAUUCCGAGAUUGUCAUGCACUGUAUAGACAAGCUCAAAGAAUCAGGGUAUGAUUCACACCUAAAGUGGCUACAGAGGCAGUUCUGUGAAGUGGCUUAUGCUAAAUCUGCAAUAUCUGUGAGUAGUCUUGAGAAACAGGAGGCGGUAGAACCUGUAGCUAGAUUCCAUGUCAUUAAGAACAAAUCAGUCCCAUUAGUAUUGUACAACGAAGAACAAGAACAGUUGAUGCAUAACCCCUACUUUGUUACGUUACUUCAAUUCCUUGGACUUCACAUGCCGGAAGAUGUAGGUCUGAUGUAUCCCAGAAUUCCUCAUUUCUGGACUGUACAACAUUUGUUGGAGAAGGCCAGUCUUAUUGGAGAGCUAAGUAUAGAGCAACUUAAAUUUGAUCCUGUGAAGUUGAAGGAUGGCAGAGAAUCAACAGACAUUCCAUUCCAGUUCAAAAUAGAAGGAAAAGAUGGCAUUACAUUUGAAAAACUAAGAAAAAUUCCGGAUUCCGUGUGGAUGAAAAUGAUCCAGCAAUACAACAAACAUUCUGGAGGAGAUCCGAAUCGUGACAUCCAGAGUCACACUGCUAGCCAGGCCUCGUGAUUGUGGCCUCUUCUUGGAGAUUCAUUCGAAUGCCAAAAAGUGGUGCUCUUGUCUGUCAGCUGAACAGCAUUUAAACAUGUAGUUAAAGAAAAUAAAGGAGGAAUAACAGUAGAGCUGUAUAUAGCUGGAGAACAAUUUUACAUGUUUUGUUGGUACAUGUAGAAUGUCUGGACUACCGCUGAAAAAGCCUUCAUGGUUUCUGGCCAAGAACAAAAACUUGAACAAAAUCGCUUUGCGAGACAGAUACAAUUCAAGGAAUACUCUUUAGAGAACACAGAAACUAGGAUUCCGCUGUUUUCGAGAUAAAUUGUGAUGUUAGUUGUCUUUCUUGAAUUUGUCAGAAUUUGUCAAGAAAUUUAAUCACAUGUAGAGAGACAUUUUUAGAAACCCUCAUUUAUUCUGGUGACUGACCUGAAAAUUGUUGAAUUGUUUUUAAGAAAAAAAACAUUUAAUGCCAGCAUCUACAUGUCAUUAGUUGAAUAUUCACAGAUUAAUGUGCCCUCUGUUAUGGACAAGUCAAACCUCAGUGAUCACCACUUAAUUCUCAUUUAUGUAUACUUACAAAGCUAAUAACUGGUAUAUUAAUGUAUACUUACAAAGCUAAUAACUGGUUUAUUGGACUUUGGUGUAGUAAUGUCCUGUCUUCUAUUUUUAGAAAAAGAAAUAGAUGUGUUUCAUUAAGUGUUAAUUGGGAAUUAAAUGUUUUUACUUGUGAAGACUUUGUCAUAUUUGGAGUAAAUUUAUUGCUAUGUCUUUUUUGUUGACAUAGUAUUUAAGUCUAGCUUUUAUGAUGUUGAACAUUAGUGGGAUCUUGAUACUGAAUAUUGCUUGGGCAUUAUUUGGAGAGAAUAUCUCAAGAGAUAGCAUCCCAGUUCCAUCUUGAAUGGAAAUUUAUGUAAUUGUAUUGUUAGUUUAUAGCAUUUCUUAUUAUUUAUGGAGUAAGAAAACUUGAUAUUAAAGUAUCAUUGUGUCAGACUCAUUGCUGCCUUUAAUCACUGGUGAAUCCUACAGAUUGUCUUCUAAGUGUCAACUAAGCAGCAGAUGAAACAUCAACAUCAUCACAUUGUCUCUCCCAAACUUGUCAUUUCUUAAACCUCUUAAGUAAUGAUAGUUGUCAAACUAUGAUAAUUGUUACUUGAUGUAAAUUGUAUAUUUGUUGGUGAUGAAAAUAAGAACUAUGAGACAGAAAGCAUGUAAAAUGUGCCAUGAUCUGAACAUCGAUUGUUGUUGUUGCACUAGUUUUUUUCUGAAGGUCAGUAAUGUGAAACUGAAGUAUUUGUUGUACAUACUGUUCAUUUUAUUGGCAUCUAUAAAUGUUUUAUCUUGUUGUUGAUUUUUUUAAAAUAAAUCAUAAAAUUGAAUAAGAA